CCUUGUUCUGAUACCAUGGUAAGAGAGAGAGAGAGGGAGAGAGAGAGAGAGAGUCUUGAGCUUGGCAUGGCAAGUGCUCUGGAAACACUUUGUGGCCAAGCAUAUGGAGCAAAACAACAUCACAUGUUAGGAGUUUACCUGCAGAGAUCAUGGAUAGUCUUGAUCAUUUGCACCACCCUUCUCCUCCCUCUCUUCAUAUUCACAGCUCCGAUCCUUCGCUUCCUCGGCCAAGAACAAUCAAUUGCAUCAAUGGCAGGAACCUUCUCAUUGUGGUUCAUCCCUAUCAUCUAUUCCUUCGUCUUCUCCUUCACCUUUCAGAUGUAUCUCCAAUCCCAGAGCAAGAACCGAAUCAUUGCGUAUUUAGCUGCACUAUCACUCAUUCUCCAUAUUUCUUUGUCUUGGAUAACUGUAACAAAGCUGCAUAUGGGAGUUUUUGGGGCAAUGGGCUCAAUGGUAUUGGCAAUGUGGAUACCAAUAUUUGGUCAGUUUGCGUUUUUAUUGUGUGGGGGAUGCCCGGAUACUUGGACGGGGUUUUCGUGGAUUGCUUUCAAAGAUUUGUGGCCUGUUAUCAGGCUCUCAUUGUCAUCAGGUGCAAUGGUUUGUUUGGAAUUAUGGUACAAUACUAUAUUGGUUUUGCUAACAGGACACAUGAAAAAUGCCGAGACAGAGAUUGAUGCGCUCUCUAUCUGCCUCAACAUCAAUGGAUGGGAAAUGAUGAUAUCCCUUGGUUUCUUGGCAGCAGCAGGUGUUCGAGUGGCAAAUGAGCUAGGCGCUGGGAGCGCAAAAGCUGCAAAAUUCUCCAUUGUUGUGGUGGUCGGUGAAUCACUUUCUAUUGGAUCUGUUCUCUUUGUUUUGUUUCUUUUAUUUCGCGGGAGUCUUGCUUAUGUAUUCACAGAGGACGGAGAAGUGGCAAGUGAAGUCGCUGUCCUCUCCCCUCUAUUGGCUUUCUCCAUCCUACUGAAUAGUGUUCAGCCAGUGCUUUCUGGGGUUGCUGUUGGCGCAGGCUGGCAAAGUGUGGUAGCCUAUGUGAAUGUUACAUGUUACUACUUGAUAGGGAUACCCCUAGGAAUCGUGCUUGGAUAUUUGAUUGGUUAUCAAGUCAAGGGGAUUUGGAUAGGAAUGAUAUUCGGAACUUUAGUUCAGACAAUUGUUCUCAUUUGCAUAACAUGGAGAACAAAUUGGGACAAUCAGGUAACUAUCGCCCAAGCACGGGUUAAUAAGUGGCUGAUACCAAAAUCUGCGGAGACUAAUGGUGGUAGAGAAAUUGCAUGACCAACUAAUUAGAAGAAAGUUCUUUGGAAAAAAUAAAUGAACUCUUUUUUGUGUAUUCUAACUUACUCCCAACGAAGACAUAGUUGUGGUGAUUCAUGGUGAAAUAGAUUUCAACAAAAAUACAUUUUGUUCGUCUCUUAGCCUAUCUAUGCCUUUGAGCUUCAUACA